AUGGAUAUGAAUUUCACUGAGAAUGUCCCCAAAUGGGUGACUUAUUCUGCGGUAAACUCGAUUCUUUGUAUCCUGGGUGCGUUUUGUGUUCCAUUAAUAUCUAUUAUAUCGGGUCGAGAUUCAAACUCUAGUCACAAUACAAAAUUGGUCAAUUAUGGUCUUUCAUUGAGUGCUGGAUCUAUGGUGACUACCGCACUAUAUAAGAUGUUACCUGUAAUUAAUCAUGAAAAUAGAUUCAUAGUAUUCUUCGGGGUACUGUUCGGUAUUUCUCUAUCAUUAUUUUUGAAUUAUAUCGUACAUUCUUUCGCUAGUCAAUCAUUGAUCCAUUGCGCUCAUCAUGAAGAUGAUGAUGGAGAACAUAAUGAACAUCACCACCACCAUCACAAUGAUGAUAUUAUUGUACACAGUGCUACUCCUUAUGGUUCGAUAAAUAACAACAAUAAGGUUAAACAACAUGAUAAUGCUCGUUCAAAUUCAGUUCAACAUUCAUCCAGAACUAUUCCUAGUAUAUCAUCCUCUACACGUCCAGAUAAUCUAAAUCGUAGAACAAGUAUCAUAGAUUUGUUAAAUAAAGCCAAUCCGUUAACCAAGACAAACUCUGGUACAGAUUGUACUCCUUUGUUAAAAGCAGAUAAAGAUACUUGUAUUGGUCAAAUAUCUCAGGCUAGCUCUAAAAAAUUGGAUCGCACAGAAUCUAAUGGUACAGAUCAAAAUAAAACAUCUUCGACUCAUGGAACAAAAAGUACAAGAUCACAAGUGAUAUCUUCUAAUAUCGACAAUAUUCAAGAAGAAACAGAAGAUGAUCGUAACAAUAACUACAAUAAUAAUAAUGGUAACGAGGGACAAACACAAGAAUAUCUCGGGUUAGGUAAUGAAAGUUAUGCUCCAACUGAUGAUGAAAGUUUCUACCCAGGACAAUGUAAGAUGGCAUGUAUGGAAAACACCAUUGGUUAUGAUUUAGAAAAUUUAUCAGUGUAUCGUAAAAAAUAUUUUUCUGGUAAUGACAAGAUUUCAAUCCAUGAUAAUAGCUCAACUUCAUCAAAUACUUCAUCGAUACAUAUUCCCGAUAAUACUAACGAUAUACAUUCGGAUCAUAACUCUCACCGAUCAUCUCACUCACACCUUCACCAUCAUCAUCAUAUUCAUGACUUGGAACAUGACCUAGCAAUGUCCUCUAGUGCGACAGCACAUUCAUUGGCUUCAGUACCAUUCCACUAUCAUCAUGUGGAAACACCUUUCUCCAAAUUAUUGUCUAUUGGUAUGCAAACAUGCCUUGUUCUGACAUUACAUAAAUUCCCUGAAGGUUUCAUUAUAUUUUACACAAACAAGUCUAAAAGUGAUUCAAAGACAAUCGGAUUUUCAAUCUUCAUAAGUCUCGCCAUUCAUAAUUUUGUCGAAGGUUUUGCAAUGACGUUACCAUUUUACUCAAUCUUUGAGAAUAAGUGGUUAUCUAUUUUAAUCACAACUGUAUUAGGUGGUGGUUCACAACCGUUAGGUGCGUUAAUCGGUUAUAUGAUCUUUAAAAAUAAGGAUAAUAACAAUCCAAAUGGUAGCGAUGGCGAACCAAACAUGGAUUUAUUGCUAAGCAUCACCUCAGGGUUUUUACUAGUAAUUGCAUUGCAGAUGUUCCAAACUGGUAUCGGUUUCAGUGAUGGUCAUCAUCACCACGAAGAUGAUGAUUCUACCGAAAUUCGUCAAACUCACAGUUUAGGUACUACAUGUCUAAAAUGGUGCUGUGCUGGUGUUUUACUGAUAUUAGCAAGCUCAAUUUUUGUUUAA